GUUUUUCCAUUUGCUUUUGUUCUUUUAACCCUUUACUCCCAUUUUUCGUAAGUCGUAUGCCCAACACUCGCGAACACUCAGUCGAGACUAUUCGAAGAAACAGCGAGGUCAUGGGCCACCUGAGGAAACUCAUGGUGGUCAACCGUGGUGAAAUUGCUAUUCGAGUCUUCAGAACUGCCCACGAACUGUCUAUGAGAACUGUUGCCAUUUAUUCCAAUGAAGAUCGUCUCUCCAUGCAUCGUUACAAGGCGGACGAAUCCUAUCAAAUCGGUGAACUCGGACAAUUUACCCCAGUUGGCGCUUAUCUUGCUCAAGAUGAAAUCGUCAGAAUUGCCAAGGAGAAAGGUGUCUCCAUGAUUCACCCUGGCUAUGGUUUCUUAUCUGAGAACUCUGAAUUCGCUCGCAAAGUCGAAGCUGCUGGUAUAACGUUCAUCGGACCUUCAUAUGAUGUUAUUGAAAAGCUUGGUGACAAGACUAAGGCAAGAACUAUUGCUAUCGAGGCAGGUGUUCCGGUCGUCCCUGGUACCCCCGGUCCUGUUAGUGAGUUCACAGAAGCUAGAGAGUUCAUCAAGGAACAUGGGUUUCCCAUCAUCAUCAAGGCUGCCAUGGGUGGUGGUGGUCGUGGUAUGCGUGUUGUUCGUGAUGAAGCCUCUCUUGAGGAUUCAUUCGCUCGUGCAAAGUCGGAAGCUCUUUCCGCUUUUGGCGACGGUACUGUAUUCAUCGAACGCUUCGUUGACAAGCCUAGACAUAUUGAAGUCCAACUUCUUGCUGAUCGUGCUGGUAACGUCGUUCACUUGUUCGAACGCGAUUGCUCAGUUCAACGUCGCCAUCAAAAGGUUGUUGAAAUUGCCCCUGCAAAGAAUCUCGAUCAAAAGGUUCGUGAGGCCAUUUUGAACGAUGCCAUCAAGAUUGCCAAGCAAGUCAAGUACAAGAACGCUGGUACCGCUGAGUUCUUGGUCGACAGCCAAGGUCGUCACUAUUUCAUCGAAAUCAACCCACGUAUCCAAGUUGAACACACUAUUACCGAAGAAAUUACCGGUAUUGACAUUGUCGCAGCCCAAAUCCAAAUCGCUGCGGGUGCAUUACUCCCACAGUUGGGUCUUACUCAGCAACGCAUCCACCAACGUGGCUUCGCUAUCCAAUGCCGUGUUACAACGGAAGAUCCUGAAAAGAAUUUCCAACCUGAUACUGGUAAAAUCGAAGUCUACCGCUCAUCUGGUGGUAACGGCGUCCGUUUGGAUGGUGGUGCUGGUUAUGCUGGAUCAAUGAUUCUUCCCUUCUAUGACUCUCUGCUCGUCAAGUGUACUUGCUCUGGUUCUACUUAUGAAGUUGCUCGCCGUAAGAUUGUCCGUGCUUUGGUUGAAUUCCGUAUUCGCGGUGUCAAGACCAACAUUCCAUUCUUGCAACGUCUUUUGACUCACGACACCUUCGUCACCGGUAACUGUUGGACUACGUUCAUUGAUGAUACUCCCGAUCUUUUCAACUUGGUCCAAUCUCAAAACCGUGCUCAGCGUAUGCUUGGUUACCUUGGAGAAGUUGUCGUCAAUGGUUCUUCCAUCAAGGGUCAAGUUGGCGAACCUAGCUACAAGCAUGAAAUUGAUUUGCCUUCCAUCAAGAAUGCCUCUGGUAAGGUUAUCGACGCCUCCGUAAAGCCUACUCAAGGAUGGCGUAAGAUUAUUGUCGAGCAAGGUCCUGAAGCUUUUGCCAAGGCUGUUCGUGCUUAUCCUGGUUGUUUGAUUAUGGACACCACUAUGCGUGAUGCUCAUCAAUCUCUUCUCGCUACCAGAGUCCGUACCAUUGAUCUCUUGAGAAUUGCUCCCAUUACAGCGCAUGCUCUUCAAAACGCUUUCUCUCUAGAAUGCUGGGGAGGUGCCACCUUCGAUGUUGCCAUGCGCUUCUUGUAUGAGGAUCCUUGGGACCGUUUGAUGCAGCUCCGUGAGGCUAUUCCCAACAUUCCUUUCCAAAUGUUGCUCCGUGGUGCCAACGCUGUUGGUUAUACUUCCUACCCUGACAACGUCAUUUAUGAUUUCUGUGACAAGGCUGUCAAGAGCGGUAUGGAUAUUUUCCGUAUCUUCGAUUCUCUCAAUUAUGUUGAAAACAUGAAGCUCGGUAUCGAUGCCGUCAAGAAGGCUGGUGGUGUUGUUGAAGCUACUAUCUGCUACACAGGUGAUGUCUCUGACCCAUCCAAGCAAAAGCACAAUCUCGAAUACUAUGUCAACUUGACUCAAGAGCUCGUCAAUGAAGGUAUUCAUAUUCUUGGUAUUAAGGAUAUGGCUGGUCUUCUCAAGCCAGAAGCCGCCACCUUGCUUAUCGGAACUAUCCGCCAAAAGUUCCCCGAUUUGCCCAUUCACGUUCACACACACGAUACCGCUGGUACUGGUGUCGCUUCUAUGAUGGCUGCUGCCGCUGCUGGUGCUGACGUUGUUGACGUCGCCAUUGAUUCCAUGUCUGGUAUGACUUCGCAACCCUCUAUGGGUGCUUUGGUUGCCGCUCUUGAGCGCACCGAACUUGGCACUGGUAUCCGUAUGGAGGAUAUCCAGGCUCUUAACUCCUACUGGGAACAAUGCCGUAUGCUGUACUCCUGCUUCGAGGCAAACGUCAAGUCUGCCGAUUCUGGCGUCUACGAGCACGAAAUGCCUGGCGGUCAAUACACUAACCUUAUGUUCCAAGCCCAACAAUUGGGUCUCGGUACUCAAUGGAGAGAAAUUAAGAAGGCUUACAUUGAGGCUAACCAACUUUGCGGUGAUAUCGUUAAAGUUACUCCCUCAUCCAAGGUCGUUGGUGACUUUGCUCAGUUCAUGGUCUCCAACAAUCUCACAAAGGAGGAAGUCAUUGAAAAGGCUGGCUCUUUGUCUUUCCCUACUUCCGUCGUGGAAUUCUUCCAAGGUUACCUUGGUCAACCUUAUGGUGGUUUCCCCGAACCUCUCCGAAGUAAGAUUAUUCGCGACUUGGAGCGUCUCGAUGGUCGUCCUGGUGCCACUUUGGCUCCUUUGGAUAUGGCUAAGCUCAAGGCUGAACUUGUUGAAAAGUAUGGAAAGGGUAUCCGUGAUGUCGAUGUCUCCUCCGCCGCUAUCUACCCCAAGGUGUUCCAUGAAUACCGAGAGAUGUUGGAGAAGUACGGUGAUCUCUCUGUUAUACCCACCCGCUUCUUCCUUAGCAAGCCCAAGAUUGGUGAAGAAUUCAACGUUCAUAUUGAGGAGGGUAAGAUGUUGAUUAUCAAGCUUCUCGCUGUUGGUCCCAUCAAUGGUACUGGCAAGCGUGACGUCUUCUUUGAAUUGAACGGUGAGGCUCGUGUCGUUGGUAUCGAGGACAAGAGUGCAGCUGUUGAUCACAUCACUCGCGAGAAGGCCAAGCCUGGUGUCGCUGGUGAAGUUGGCAGCCCUAUGAGUGGUGUUGUCAUUGAGGUUCGGGCAAAGGCUGGUGCUCAUAUCAAGGAAGGCGAUCCGGUCUGCGUUCUCUCCGCCAUGAAAAUGGAGACCAUUGUUUCCAGCCCUGCAUCUGGUAUUGUUGAGUACAUUCCUAUCGAGGAAGGAGAUUCCAUCAUGUCUGGAGAUUUGGUGGCUCGCAUUGUCAAGGACCCAGAAGCCAAGCAAGAGUAGAAGAAUCACAAUAGAUGAUAAUGGCUAUUGUUAGUAGUUGUUUGCGUAGUCUGUUAGUCAGUCAUACCUCCAUUUUUUGCCAUACACGCCUAACUCAGCAGUAAAAAAAAGAUAAAGUUUUUUGUUUUCCAAUCCUUGACAAUUCCA